UGAAAAAUGACGUCGUGGCUUGCGGUUUGUCAAAUUUCAGGGUGGAGAUUGUGUUCAAACUGAGGUCCGAAAAGAUGAGUGACUCUUUAAACUAAAAGUGGGUUGCAGUGAAAGUUCUAUGGGCCGUAAAGUAAAUCUACGCAAGAAGAUGGCUGGUGAUAGAACUGUCGAUGUCUACAAGUCAAGACGUACUACAAAUAUUUUCUUCUUCUUUGUGGCUGCUGCCAAGGCCUCACUAUUUCCUUUCCUGACUCUGUAUUUCCGCCUCCUUGGGCUGAGUGCUACUCAGACAGGGAUACUAUGUGGCAGCAAGGCAUUGAUGGCCAUGUGGACCACACCAGCAUGGGGAAACUGCGCGGCAAGAUUUGAGAGGCGGCGCAGUGUUCUACUCUUCAGUGUGUUUCUACUCAUUGCAGUUAACUUGGGACUGACGUUAGUUCCUCCUGUAGACAAGGAUGAGUCUCUAAUGUUCUGUCACCACAAUAAUUCAACAAUAAUCAACAAAGCUACAAAUGGAACAGGUCUUCCUUUUACAACAACUCUGGUUGCUCAUACGACUGAAAUGCCCAACAACGGUACUGGUACACUGCCACUAACUGCUGAAUUGCCUACCGUGUCAACCAUUACUCCAUCAAGAACUACUUUGCAGGGUGGCACUACCACUUUAUCUCCUUCCAAGUUAACUCCUCAGCCAGGACAGCCGAGUAACACAACUAAACACAGUGCUCAAAAUUCCUCAUCAGCUGGUACACCAUCAGAAGCAAACACGCGAAGGCGAAUUAAGCGAGAUGUUUCCGAUACAUUCCACAGUAUUGGAACGUCAAUUACAUCAAAGUUGUAUGCAUGGAAGGAUGAACUUUAUGCACUGAAGUAUCGGACAUUCAUCAUCGUCCUCGUGAUUAUCCUCAUCGGGGAGCUGCUGUCGUCUCCAGUUGAACGAAUUGCCGAUGAUGCUUGGUUUGACUUGUUAGAUAAUAUCGACGAUUUGGAGAAGUAUGGUCAGCAUCGUACAUGGGCCAGCGCAGCUUAUGUAAUCUAUGCCAUUGCUGUGGCCGCAGUCGUCGAUAACACUGACUGCCUCUUGAAAUUCCAGAUAAAUCAUUUCAUGAUUCAUUUCUAUGUCUUUGCCGCACUGAUGGCGAUGGCGUUCUUCACUGCCUUAUUCUAUCCGAUUUACGAUACAGAAAAACCAAGGAAGCGUGCUGCAAAGAGUCGGCUGAAAGUCCUCUGCAGUGAUUGCCGUAGUGGUAUGUUCAUGUUGACAGCAAUUGUUGUCGGUUUUGUGUACGCUAGCAUCAAUUGUUUUCUGUUCUGGCGAGUUCAGGACAUCGGAGGCAGUGAGAUACAAAUGGGGACAGGAUUCUGUGUUGGGGCACUGUCCGAGUUCAUCUUCCUUCUCUUCGGGCACAGAUUCAUACUGAAAAUUGGUAGUGGAUACGCAAUAUGUAUUGGAAUUCUCUGCCUAAGCAUUCGCUUGCUCUAUUUUUCAUUCCUGUGGACACCGUGGGCUCUUGUUGGGAUUGAAGUCCUGAGUGGUUUCAGUGGUGCAGGGAUCUGGAUGGCCCUCCUAUCUUACCAUGACUUCAACAUCAACCCAAGGACUGGUCGAGGUGUUGCUACAGUACUUCAAGCGUUGUAUUAUGGACUUGGCUAUGCUGCUGGAGCUAUGAUCUCUGGCUAUGUCUAUGACACUUUUGGUCUCCCCAUUGUCUACCAGGGAGCAUGCAUUAUUUCCUUUGUGUGGGGUGUGUUUUUUGCCAUUAUGAACAGAUGCUUGCCAAAACGUACAAGAGUGAGGUAUCAGAAACUUCUCCAAGACGAGGAUAACUUCAGCGACACUUCUGAUGGGUUUGAAGAUGAUUGGUUAGAGAUGGCGUUGAAAGAGCGCUAGACACAUAGUUAAAUCAGGGUAUAAACUAAUUAGGCGUAUUUGACAUUUUGGUGGUUCCGAGAAAUGUGCAAUAAUAAUUCAUAACCCAAUAAAAAGAAGAAGUUUUGAGGAGUGUUUUUUGUGUACAUGUAUUGCACAUCAGCCAGUACAGCUUACAGUACAAAUACAAUUUACAUUUGUAUGACUUUUAAAAAGUUCAUUGCCAUGUGCUACAUGUGCAAUGUAUGACAAGGUAAUAAAAUUAGUUUUGACAAAAAUACAGACAUAUGUACAUUUAGUUCAUCCUGAGUUGAUGACAUGUUCAAAUUCCAAAGAGAUUGGCAAUUUUUUUGUAAUGUAGAUACAUUAAUAUUUGUGCAAUAUUCUGUUAGUUAAAUUUUUCUGUUGACGUGAUCGUAGUGAGCUGUGUUCAACCUACACUGUAUGCUAAGUAACAUGUCUGCAUUGUACAUGUUGGUUUGUAUUAAAGUCAAACCCAGGUAGUUUUAAACUUACUGACAGUUUGAAUAAUGUAGCUGGCAUUAUGGAGCAAUAGAGUGAAGUAUUAAAGUCAAACCCAGGUAGUUUUAAACUUACUGACAGUUUGAAUAAUGUAGCUGGCAUUAUGGAGAAAUAGAGUGAAUUGCUUCCAUCGAGUGUCUUUACCUUCAUGAGUACGUUUUGAGUCACCAUCUCACAUGCAAUGACUUAUUGAGGUUCUCAAAAAGGUGUGAUAGAACAUUCCAAGCAAAAAGUCUAUAUCGAUUCUUUGUAAAAAUGUAGUGUAUUGCUUUUUGGGCAUUUGAAUGAUUGGUGCUGGGAUACAAUUUCUUCCAGCUAAUUGCUAAUUUGAGUAUGCUUUUGCUAAGCAUUUGAAUAUUUUGAUUGUAUUUAUUUUUGACAGCAUUGUUGCUUCCUUGAUUUUUCUGUUGCUAGAACGUUGUCUUAUUUCUGUACAAAUUCUACUGUAUGACAGUACAGAAAGCUAAGGUUUGCUGGUCCACUUGACAUAUAAUGAACUGCUUUGAACUCUAGUCUUCCAUAAUUAUGUUGCCUUUGGAGACAAUUUUAAUUGUCACAUGUAUUAUUUGCAGGGAUCAAUGCGGUGUACUUGCAUGUAUAUAAUGUACUGUUUCCUCUCUGUGCCUUAAUCACACUCAAUGUUGACAGACAUGACUGUUGUUUCUAACUCAUUCCUUCCUGGUGUUUCCAGUAUUAUCAUGUCGAAGGACUUUGUAACCAACGUAAGGACACUUUUGUCAAUCCUUAUAUUUUUGACAUCAAGUCAAGAGGAUGUUUGCAUCUAGAAGGAUUACUGCAUAUUGGCUGUAUGUUGAGCUGUCCAGAGAUUUGUUAUGCUUUACCAUAGAAUUGUUAAAAAGAGCACGCUUUUUCUACGCAUUUACUUUUGGAUGUAUUUCUAGUCUAAAGACAUUCCUCUUUCUGGUGAUGGUUGUGACAUUGAACUGCUUACCUUUUCAUACUCAAGGUUUCAAUUAAAGGAGGAGAGAUUUAACAACAUGCAUGUUAUAUAUAUUUUUGGUGGAGAUGGGUAUAUUUUAUUGAAAUGAAAAAAUCCAAAUUAAUUGGAUAAAGAUUGUAGAUUUGUCUUUUGCAAAGGGAUAAAGUUGUUUUCUUCUAUGUAUUGAUAUAUGAUAUCUAUAUUCUAAAUAAGCAAAGGUUCUGCUUUGAAUGUUGGUUGAGGCUUCCAGAUACUUUAAUAAAU